UUCAUCGAUUUUCACCUUUAGUCUGUAGGUGGCUGUGAGUCAAGUCUGACCGAACCGGUAUCGCUUGCCGACGUGGCCGCGUGAGAGUGCUCACCAUUUCAACGUCAAGUGGUUUUCAGUUGGUUCAUUCGAAACGGCUGAAGAAGCCAAACAGAAGAAAAGAAUUUCAGGAAGGAAUUUGCGGAGACGGAGAGAACUUGCUCGAGUCUUUGUAGUGGUGGGCCAUCGGUAUCGUGAUCGUGUGCAAUUGGUCGGUAAGAAAUUUUCUCGUACGCAGCUCCGCAGAGAGACGGUGAUUUUUGUGCGGAAAAGGUUUUUCUUGGCAAGUGAAGUUUCAUUUUUAAGUGGGUUAGGUGAACAUUUAGCAGAAGAAAAAUGUCGGAUCUGGAUGAAAUUGGUGAUAUGAGCAAUUUCGAUGCCUGGCUGGAGAAGGAUUUCCUGAGCAAAAUCAGCCGGCUGGAGACGGAAUGUGAAGAUUCGCGAGAGAAGAUCAAAACGUUGGAUAAGGAUCUGAAGAAGAAGACCAUUGAAUGUGAUAUUUUAAGGGCAAAAGUGGGCAAACUCGAAACGGUCCCGUCGAACAAUGCGGCCUCCAACGAAAAGAUCGAGAUUCUGGAAAAAGAACUCAAGAGAAAGUCGAUGGAAUUGGAUAUCCUCCGAUCUAAACUAUCCAAUGCAGAAACGAAACCGGAUGGAUCACAGGACUUGGCCGAAAGGGUAAAACAGUUGGAGAAAGAGCUGAAGAAGAGGAUAAUUGAGAAUGGUAUUUUGAAGGGAAAGCUAACGGACAUCGAUUCGGCACCACAAACUCCAGAUGCUCAGGAGAAAAUUAAUGAGCUGGUUCAGGGUCUUCAACGGACAGAGAGUGUGGUACUGAAGGAGAUGGUUAAGGAUUUGGAAGGUGACCACGAGCCUUCAGAGAGAACUGGAGAACUCGAACGAGAGUUGAGGAAAAAGAACAUUGAAAGUGAUAUCCUUCGAUCUAAGCUGAAGCAAUUUGAGAGCACGCCAGUAUCCAAUCAAGAGUCGAGUGAUAAAAUUCGAGAUUUGGAAAAGCUUGUCAAAAAGUACCAGAUUGAAGCUGAUAUUUUAAGAGGAAAGGUCAGCUCCAUGGAAAGCGAUGCGGCCGAUAAGGAUGAAGAAGAUUCAACUGAGAGGAUCGAAGAUCUCGAAAAGGGCCUUCAGAGGAGUACUACCGAGGGAAAUAUGCUGAGAGCUAAGAUGCGAAUGUUUGAAAAUGAAUCUUGUGCUGCGCAGGAUUCGAAAAAUGAAAAAAUCGUAGAGCUGCAACGGGGCUUGAAGAAGAGCACUACAGAAAGUACGAUUUUGCGCUCCAAAUUGAAUGAGCUAGAGAAUAAACAAACCGACUCUGGCGUCAGUUCAUAUAAAAUUGAACAGCUAGAAGCUGAAUUGAAGAAAAAGAAUAUUGAAAAUGACAUACUUAGGUCGAAAGUUGAACAGCUGGAACGGGUUCCACUGGCAGACAGUCCCGCCAACGCAAAAGUGGAAGAACUCCAGAAGGAAGUACGAAAACUAAAGAUCGAAAAUGAUAUUCUGCGAUCGAAGCUGAACCAUGCUGAGGAAGAACCCACAGAGUCUCAAGAAUCUACCGACCGCAUAAGCGAGCUUGAAAAUGCACUGAAGAAACGCGUAAUCGAAAGUGACAUCCUUAGGGCCAAGGUCAUCCAACUGGAGUGUGAACUCUCACCAACCAAGAACUCCAACGAGCGCAUUGAGGACCUCGAAAGUGAGCUCAAGAAAAAGCAGCUCGAAAAUGACAUUCUCAAGUCCAAGGUCUCUCAGCUGGAGAGUGAAGUCCUUGCCAGUCAAUCCAACGGCAAGAAGGGAGAUGCGCAAGAAAUUAAGAAACUCAAAGAAAAACACGAAGAAGUCCUGAACAAAGCCAAGGAGCUGCUGUUCGAACGCACCAAAACAGUCAAAACCCAGGAGAUGCACGUCAAAGCCCUGCAAAAUCAGAUCGAAAACAUCAAGGAAGUCGUUACCGUCACCAAGGAUAUGCUAAACAUUCGAAACAUGGAGCACGAACAGUUGCAGAACCGCUUCGAGAACAUUGACAGCAAGAUGAAGGCGGAACGGGAACGGCAGACACUGCUCGAGAAGAAACUUGUCGCUUCCCAGAAGCUGUACAACGAUCUGCGAGAGGAGUACACGAAGCAAGUGGAUCUGUUCAAGACUACGGCGCGACAAGCUGGCCUAGACUUUCCCGUAGCAAAAAACUAGCCCACACUCACUCUCAUAUUCUCGCGCACUGCUCACUACUGGGAAUCGUCAUCGGGGAGGGAAAAACGCAUUGGGAGCACCCACUAACUACACACUACCACUACUACUGACUGCUACGUGUUAUUAUUAGUAGCGCUCACCAACCCACUUGCUUUUGCCUCAGUAUGCCGUGAUGGAUGCACGUUUACGAACUUACGAGAGCAAAAUAAAAAAAAAAAAUAAAAAAAAAGACCAACGGCAGUUAUAAAGAAAACAAGGAAAGAGAACAACUCCAUCACCUACUCCAUCUCCUCCUACUUAAUUUUCCGGUUUUCCGCCCCGACACCUUC